GAGCAGAUUACUCUUCGCUAGAGUAGUGUUUUUCGCAAGAGUACUGAUCGAGUUUAAUAAUUCUUCAUCGAUAAUGGCUUCAAAAGCUUUUACUAACCCUUUUAUUCGCCAUGUAGCGACACGGGGUUACGCUCAAGCUGCUCCAGCUGUAAAGAAAGAAGUUCGGGUACAAUCUGCUGUCCUGCCCAACAAGACUUUCGUAGCUGCUCUCGACAAUGAUUCUCCUGUUACUCGUGUAACCAUUGCUUUCAAGGCAGGAUCCCGGUAUGAACCACAAACUGAUCUGGGAGUCGCCCAUGUGUUGCGGUCUGCUGCCGGCCUCACCACUAAAAAUGUCAGUAGCUUCAUUAUUGCACGACAACUAGCUCAGAUUGGUGCUUCGGUUACAGCUUCUGGAGAUCGUGAGUUCGUCUAUUACACCCUUGAGGCUACUCAAGAUAAUUUCCAAACUGCCGUAGAACUGUUGAACAAAAUGAUUUCCAACCAAGAGUUUCGUCCUUGGGAGUUGAGUGACAAUGCUCCUCGUCUUAAAUAUGACCUUGCUGCGUUGCCACCACAGGUGCGUGCUGUUGAUCUGUUACACAAAGCGGCAUAUCGUCGAGGACUUGGCAACUCACUGUAUAUAUCGCCAAAAAGAAUCGGAAAGGUCUCAUCGGAGACAAUGCAACACUAUGCUUCUAGCACCUUGACUCCUGGUCGCUGUGCUAUUACUAUUGUGGGUGACACACAAGAAAGGGCUGGUCUGGUUGCUAAUGCCCUUCAGUUAAAUUCAUCUGGUGAUGCUGGAGAUGCACCUUCAAAUUACUUUGGUGGUGAUAUAAGAAAGGAAAUGGGUGGCGACUUAGCUCACGUAGCACUUGCAGUUCAAGGGGCUCCGGCAGGCUCCCCGCAGGCACUCGCUUUAGCCGUCGCUGCCAAAGCUUUAGGUAAUGGUCCUGUAACUAAGUGGGGUGCGGACAACUCCCCAUUGGCUAGAGCGAUUGGCAACAUUGGCCCGUUCGCUGCGGCCGGAUUCAACGUCUCCUACUCUGAUACCGGCCUGUUUGGCGUCGUCCUAUCUGUGCCCAAAGACGAGGCUGGCACUGCCGUGUCUGCGGUUGCUAAAUUAUUGAGAAGCGGCAAUCUCAGCGCCGAGGCUAUCAAUGCUGGUAAAAACCAUUUGAAAUUGCAAGUACUAAGCGAGGGUGAGGACGGCACAUCCCUAGCAGAAUCGUUAGCCGCUCAGGGUCUGUACAAGGGCGUCGCCAAAUCUCCAGCAGACAUCGCUAGAGAAAUCGAUCAAAUCAACAGCAGUACCGUCUGCCAGGUAUUGGCCAAUGCUUCAAAGUCCAGAAUGUCUAUGGGUGCAGCUGGGAAUCUUGCAUUUGUACCUUAUGCUGAUGAGUUAUAAAUGUUGACCACUUUAUGUAGCUGUUAUUGAAGAUUUUAUUAUGAAUAUUCCAUCAUUCAAAUAACUAGUAUUUGUAAUUUAUUGUUUUGAAAAAUAAAACCUUUUAUUUAUC